AUGCUCGUCGACAACGCCACAGGUCGCAUUGUGGUGGGCAAACUUGCCGAUCUAACACAUAUGUCAGGGCAAAGCCGGAAUUUUGCACGCACAGAGGCUGUCAACAUCGCGAAUUGCGAGCACCCCAAUAUUAUUCAGCUCCUCGACACAUACGAGGCGAAUGAGAGUCUGCUGCACAUUCUGGAGUACGCCGACGCAGGGGAUUUAAUGACACAAGUGGAGUGCCGCGCCAAGCACGUAGACCAAAGAAAUAGCGAUAACGUAUCAAACAUGAGCAAGGGUUUAAAUCGUCCCGUUCCAUUUUAUUACAUGGAGAAUGAAAUCCUUGUGAUACUGGCGCAAUUGUGUCUUGCUAUAAAGUACAUUCACGACAAGAAGAUUAUGCACCGCGAUCUCAAGACACCCAAUGUUCUCCUAACUAAGAGUGGACUCAUCAAGCUGGGCGACUUUGGAUUCUCGCGUCAAUACGAUAAGAGUCUCUCCGAUGAUGUGGGGCGAACAUUCUGCGGAACGCCUUGUUACCUCAGCCCUGAGCUGUGGCGCCGCGAGAGCUACAGCUACAAGGCUGAUAUCUGGUCUCUAGGAGUGCUGCUAUAUGAGCUCAUGACGCUGCGUAAACCAUUUCCCUCUACCAACAUGCGGGAUCUGAUGCAGCGCGUGCUGAAGGAGGGUAGUUACGACCCGCUUCCGACGGACCGCUAUAGCCAGGGUCUGUGCGAUCUCUGCCGCUCCAUGCUGCGCGUCAAUCCACAGGAGCGGCCUAGCAUCAUCGAAGUGCUUGCGACGCCCAUCCUCUUGAAAGAGGGCCUGCAGUACCUUAAGACGAACGUGCCACGACUGCGCGACGUUGAUCAGGCGGUGCGUGACCGGUUGGUGCGGGAGGUGGAUGCAGUGCAGCGCAUGUGCUCCGUCCCCACGCUCUCUGUGGUGCCGAGCAGCGUGAGCAUGACGACAGAAGAGUCACGCGAGAUGAGCGGCGCUGUUGAUGAGUUGAGACGCGCGUAA